UGUCAACGUAGAUCAAGCUGAGAAUAGCGUUUACAUAAGGUACGCAGACUACGCACAUCCUAUAGGCUACAAGCCAUUGUGCGCACCGAUGGACCACUGCUGCUGGCGCCGGGGAGAGUAUUGUUUCACUCUGGUCUAAAACAGUAUUCUAAUGUCAAUUUUGUGUGAACAAAAACACCAGUUCAAACUGCUUUUGUAAGUGGAAUAACAACAGUCACGCUACCUACGUGGAGAGAAAGGCAGGAACGCCUGGACGCUGACUUUGGCAGGCCGGUACACCUUGCAAGGAGCAAGGUUGUCCACAACAAAUCCUUUGUCCACCAUGAUCGCCAUACCUGGUUUCAGCAGCUUUACAAUCCCGGACUGCUUGAAGAUCUCGCGAUCGCUCAUAGAGCCUGCAUACAGUCCAGACACAAAGGAUCACCUGUGUAUCAGAAAAAGCUGCAAACUCAACUGGCAGGUGAGCUCUCACUACCUCUGGCGGAAUCCAAAGGCGCUGGCUUCCCAACAGGCAGUACAAAAAAUGAGUCCAUGUGGAGAUGAUCCGACUUGCAGUAGUGCGGUGUAUGCUGAACCUCUCUGCAAGGUCCCUGGGAGGAAAACCCACUGACAGGUUGUGUCCUGAGUUUGCCACAUCUGCCAUCAUGUUUCGUGCCACCACUGCCUCCCUGUGUGCCUACUGCCAUCGACUACGCCUGCUGCCCUCCACUGGUGCCUAUCCCAGCAGCACACUGGUCAGCAGUCUGGCAGAGAACCAGCACACGGUCAGUACUCUCUACGACCUGUCAGUGGACAUCCGCAAGGUGCGCAAGUUCAAGAGCUGGGUGCUCUUCGAGAGCCCCACGUACGUGCGCGAGACAGCCAGCCUUCUGCACGACAUGGGCGCCGACACGGCCUGCGUGGCCCGCGUGCUGGAGACCCACCCCGAGGCCAUCCUCUGCCGGCCGGAGGACGUGGCCGCCCAGCGUGACCUGUGGGCCUCGGUGUGCCCCAACCAGCGCGAGCUGGUGGGCAUCAUCGAGAAGUUCCCCGCCUCCUUCUUCGCCGUGACCCACCACGCCAACCAGCGCGCCAACAUCCGCUACCUGCAGAGCAUGCGCCUGAGCAAGCGCAUCAUCGGGAAGCUGAUGGCCAGCGCGCCGCAGAGCUUCAGCCGGCCCGUGGAGCGCAACCAGGAGGUCAUCCACACGCUGCGCGAGACCUACCUGGACCUGGGCGGCGACGAGGGCAACCUGCGCGUCUGGCUCCAGAAGCUGCUCAGUCAGAACCCCUUCAUCAUGCUGCGUCCGGCCGAGGCCUGGCGCGACAGCCUGGGCUUCCUGCACGACCGCGGCUUCACCACCGAGCAGCUGCUGCAGCUGGUGUCCAGCCUGCGGGCGUGCAUCUCCGAGAUGGACCCCACCACCAUGCGGCAGGCCAUGGACUACACGCAGGCGGCGCUGGACUGCUCCGACGGCGAGCUGCACGACAUCGUGCUGCGCUGCCCGGCGCUGCUCUACUACUCCGUGCCCGUGCUGGCCGGACGCUUCAGCGGACUCAUGGACGCGGGGCUGACCGCUGAGCAGGUGCGCGAGACACCCAACGUGCUGGAGCUCACCACGCAGAUCGUGACGUAUCGCAUCAGCAAGCUGGGGUCGUACGGCUACGAUGUUCGCUCCGGGAGCCUGGACGUCAUCGUCGGGACCAAGAAGGACUUUGAGGCGAGCUACGGCCGGCUAAAGUUACGCACAGAGAGGCCACUCUUCAACCCGGUGGCCCCACUGAGGUGUUCAGAAGAGUGAUUCAGAUUGUUUUUGUUGAGUCACUGCUGUUAUGCCCUUUGCAUAAUAAACUGUGGGGAAAUUGAAAUGCAAUAAAACCAGACUGGAGGGAAUGACUACUCUUUAAACGUGAAACAUGAUCACUACAUGUUUAUAGAUCUCAACAUUUGUGAAAUGCAAAAACUUUUUUCAUACUGUUAAGAGGUUAAGUUGGGGAGAUAAGUAAUGUAAUGUUGUAAUAAGUAAGUUGACAAGAUAUAAUGACGUGGUUCAUACAUUGGUUCAGAUCAGCAGAAGAAACAAAACUUUCCCAUUGGAACAAAAAUGCAGUAACAAAAUUGUAGGAAUUAUUUAAGUUCCAAUUAUAAGUCUGAAAGGCUGAAGUAUUUCAGACUGAUGAGUGUCUUGCACUAAGGCUAUGCACAAACAUUGCAAAGCAAUGAAAAAUAAUAAAAUAAAUGUUGGUUUGUUUAUGUCAA